CCAUUUGUGUUCCGGUAUCGUGCGUUUUUCACAUAAUUUCAACACGGACAGAGACAGGCGGUGAUUAACUACCGUGAAACAAAAAUCGGCAUUAACCCCGACUUUCUUAGUUUCAUUUUCAUUUUCACAUAAACUUUAGAGUGAAGAAAUACUACAGAAUCGUGAAUCGCUCGGGAGUCUAUGAUGGAUAUUUUCCGCUGGCUAAAAAGGGAAUGGGAUACAACACAGUCUUGUAGGCGAAGAGACAGUGAACCAAUUGCGCCAGUGUCUGAAUGUAAUUUUAACUCGCCUCGAUCUAGAGAUGAGGCCUACGUUCGAGCUUUGAAGAAAUUUAACGAAUGGCGCCAUAAAGAACGCUCAGCCAGUUUUCGACGGUCAUCGAGGCGGUCAAGCAAAAAGUCCAGUAACAAACAGAAUUCGGAGAAAUCAAGAUCUCUUGCUAAUUCGGAAAUGAUGAAAGAAGCAAAAACACCGGAAGACGGUAAUAACGAUGGCAGUCAUUUAUACGAGGAACUCAAGACUCCGCGAAGAACGAAACCGAAACACUUGUUGGAUAGUGCAAAAAAGUUCUUGCAAAAAAGUCAGUCAUAUCCCGCAAAUAUUGCUAAUUGCAAUAACAACAAUAACGUGGAAGCGGAGAAUAAAAUUAAUGUGUUGAAGUCUAGUGAGAAGUGUUCAGCUAUUAGUGAGAACGAUGAGAACGAAGUGGAGGAGUUCGAGAACAAGCACUGUACCCCAGAGGCACAAAUCGAAGAAGAGAAAUUGCGUAAGCAAACAUCACCGCCUGAGAAAUUUUUCCGGGAUAAUUCGAACCCCUUCGCGCAGGUCAGAUCACCUAUUCGGCUUUCAAAAUACAACUUGGCAACUUUCUCAAACCCGAAACGACUUUUUACUGAUGCUAAUGCAUCUAUCGAUGAGUUCGUUCGCGAUUCUUUGCCUAGAAGCAAGGCAGUUCCUAAAGUUCUGAAUAAUUCCGUAGCUCCUGCAAAUUCAAAACCCAAGAAAUAUGACUUCAAUCCAUCAGCGAUCUAUGAAAAUGAAGGGAAAUCGAAACGGAUCUCACAAACGCCUAUGUACCAGACUGUUGUUAAUAAACAUGGCGAUCUAGUGGAGUAUGCAAUUCCGUUCAGCGAUCAAAAUGAUGAAGAAUUCUGUGAACUCGCUGAUUUGCAGAAUCAGAACUCGAAACUAGUGCAAACCUCGACUAAUUUGAAUGCAACGACUCUUCCCACGGUUUGGGAUAAUCGCUCACCAAAUGAAAGGCGGGUAAGCAGAAGCCUUUGUAAUCUGGAUGACUACGCCGAAGUUGAUAAGAGUCGCAGGAAUACCAUCAUCACCGAUUUGGAUAAGUCUGACGAUAACUCGAAAAAUAAAUUUGAAGCUGAUGACAUUUUCGCUGAACUAGAGACUUUAGGAAAGUGGAGUAAGCGGUUGGACGGUCAGUUGGAUUUUCAACCCCAUCUAAUGAAAGAAAUAAAGGGUAACAACUUGAUAAUUUGUACAGCUAGUGAUAUAAGCCAAAGAAUUUCUACACUGAAAAGCACUAUGAAAGGUCCUAUAUCGUUAUCAUCUGGAAACUUUCGGAAAACCACUGUUUCCUUAAGAAAAAUUGAGAAGAGAUUCCGUAUUCAGAGCGAGCAGGGAUUGAUGCACGAAUUGAGCGUGUUAAACAAAAUCAAACACCCCAACGUGACAUUACUAAUGGCCGUAUGUCUCGAUAUGAACAAUAAAAUUUUAUCAUUAGUUUUGGAACCAUUUACUACAAAUAUAAAUUCUAUGAUAUACGAUUCUGAUUGUAAAAUAUCGAUGGAAGACUGUGUAGAAUAUAUUUUACAAGUGAUCAAAGCUGUUAUUUAUUUACACGAAAAUGCAAUAAUACACUCAAAUAUAUGUAGCCAUAAUAUUUUAGUGUGUGAGAAUAAGAAGGUGAUAAAAUUAUCGUCGUUUGAACUGGCAACUGAAGUCGAUGUCACUAGGAUACAGAAUGAAAUAAUUUAUGCAUUCUAUGGCAAUUUAGAAAAUUUUCAAAAAUCAAUCUUAAAAUGGAGCAUCAGUGACGAGGGCCUAAGUUCGUUGAUAUCAAAAAAUAAAAUUCCCAGUGGAUUUCUACCAUUCCUUAUUGAGUAUCGGAAACUUUACUCUGAACAUUACUAUCAACCACCGGAGCUUCUUUCCACUGAAAAACAUUUCGUAUUCCCUUCGAAAUCAUCUGAUGUUUACAGUAUAUCGCUCUUGCUUUGGGAAAUGUUAAAUUCGUGUGUUCCUUUUGCAGUAUUCUCGUAUGAAGAAACAGAAAGCCUGUUUCGACUGAACUGCAGCAAUCAACUUCCUCUAUUCGACAGUGACCGAUGUGAAUUAUUUGAAAAUUUACUGCAAAGCGGCCUAAAUAGUGUACCGCAAAAUCGAAUCGAUAAUGUACAGUCCGUGAAGUUUUUAGUUGACGAAGCUCGAGCCAAUUUCAGGCGAAACCAAUUUGUUACAAAAUCUCCAGCAAUUGGAAAUGACUUAUCUACAGUAUCAAAUAUUGAAAAAAAAUUCCUUGGGGAGGAGAAGCAAGAAAGUUCGGAAGUAUUUAAGAGUGCCUGCGUCCGAAGUAGCACUUUCAAACAGCAUAACAAUUCUGCUAGUGAUCAGUAUGUAAUAAAGGAUGAACCGAUUGUUCGGAAAUGUUUGGGGAACCAAGAAAGUAAAAAAAUAUACAAUAGUCGAUCCCUUGAUGACAUUCUUCAGGGAGAUUCGACUAUGGAGAAGAGAAAGCAAUAUAGAUUUCAUAUUGACGAAUUUUCAUUACCAUCUACACCAAUCGCUCGGAAGAAUAAACUUCGUCGAAAUGCUUGGUUAUCCAAUAAAACCCUUUAUGACAAGUCAUUCAAUGAGAGCGAAGAAGAUGCUCUAAAAAACUUGAACAACAAAAACGAUAGCUCACAGAUUGCAGCUAAAAACAAGCUCAUUAACGUUAGCAUUAAGAUUAUCCAAAACAAAAUUGGCAAGAAUAAAGAGGCUACAUCCUCGGAUAAAGCUAUCGAAAAUACACCAAAAGUUUCCUCCCAGAUUGAGUAUUGGAAUUCCAUCACUUCACCAGGUGAUAUAAGUCUGAAAAAGCAGAAUAACACCGAAUCAAAUUUAUCCCAAUUAAGCAACGAUCUUUGCAAGACCCCUGAAGGACGUUUUGAAGAUGACCAUCCAAAAGGGCAAAGUACACCUCGAGCCGUCAUUUCAAAGUCUUCAGAAGGCUCAACGCGGAAAGUUAUGAAAGAUCGAGCAAAAUAUUAUCCAAACAUGCCAGAGUUAUUAAGCGAAACUUUCUUGCGAAGAUCUUUUAGAGAUGAUAGUGACUUUGAGAGUACAUUAUGGAAGCGAGAAAAAGAACGAUGUGAGAAACUCAGCCCGCGGUGCAAGGAACAAGAGGUUGAUGGCGUAGUGAAGCCGCUUCGAACUUCUGUAAAAGAUACAGUUCAUAAAUUCGAAUCUUUCACAAACAAACGUAAGGUCUUUCGAAAUAUUCCGCUGAGAAGUCACAGCGAGAAGCAAUUAAAUGUGAGUCGGAGUAAAUUGGAUAAUAUUGUCAGUACUCGUUCGAAUAGAACGUUUGAGCAGGAAUCUAGAAAUGCAAAAUCUUCAGUGGCAGUGAAUACUAACAUUAAUGUUCCGAAUGUAGACAGUACAACAUUUGAAGACAGGCUGCCCACAGCGAAGCUUGAUAUUCAGUUAAAGAAUACUAAUAUGGAAACCCUUUCAUCUAAGUUGCAAUCACCGAACGUUGCUUCAUCCACGACUACUAUCGCGGAGGAGAAAAUUAGUCAACUGACAAUCCCGCCAUUGCAAAGAAAGACAACUAGCCUCUCUCCAGCACGCAAGUCGAAACCAACUCUAUUUAGUAUCAACGUACGUAAAAUAAAUAGACGCGCUUCAGACAUUGGCUGUGUUCGAAAACUAGCUAAACGCGAGAACUCGAUUAGACAUUCUAUUUGUGGAACUGAUUUAGUUCGAAAUGUAGCUAAAAUGAGUCUCAAACCGAAACAAUCAAGUUCUGAUAAUGUGCUCACGCAAAAGUCCUCAAAAUCGGUAGCAAGUCUAGCUGAAAGCGAUAUACAACAUUGUAAACUCAGUUGUUGGAAAUGUGGAUCGAAAGUGUUUAAACUAGAUGAGAUUGCAUUUAAUGAAAAAGCAAUUCGGACGAAAAAAUUUCUGAGACGAUUUUCGACUUCACCAAGUACCCAAAUGCAAUCGUCUGAUGUUUCGCAAAGGAUCCUUCCUACAUCAUCUGUUGAGGAAAUGAGAUCAAUUGAGGAUAUUUACAUUGAUGAUGACUUUGAAUGCGGCCAAGGGUCACUAGGUGCUAAUAUGCGAUUGCUAAGCCCAGAGCAAGACGACUUGUCAGAUAUAUUGAGCAUUGACUUCCUAUCGACUGAUCUCUUCGAUUCCAUGGAAUAAAUCCGAAAUGUUACAGAUGAGAAAUGCAAUCCAACCGUCACUAAAAGACUACCAAUCCCUAAUUUAAAAGUAGAUAAGCAGUGACCCCAGAAUAUAUGGGUUAGAGAAAACUAUUAUUUUGUUAGGAUCUUUUUCUCCCUGAGAAUUAUGAAGAAAUAAAAACGUGUGACUCAUAAAA